CAGAGAACCUACACGUAGGGGUGGUUAUUUGCAGGUGUUUUGCAAAAUUCGCUCCCUCGCUGCAUCUGCUCGUCUUUGGUGCCACUUCUCAGCGGCUCGCGCCCUUAACAGCCGCAGCCUAUUAAGCAAAAUGUCGGAAGCUGGGAUGGCCGCGCUGUCCAUCGAGGACUCGCAGGCCAGCACCGCCAGCUCUGCCACCACUGCCGAGGCGAAGAAGGCGGCCAAGGAGGCCGCCAAGGCUGCUAAGGAGGCGGCCAAGGCUGAGCGGGCUGCCCAGCGCGGUGUGAAGGCGGCUGUGAUGACGCAGCCCGACCCCGAGGACCCGCUGCGCGCCCAGUACGGCGACUACCCGCUGGUGCAGAGCCAGGGGCAGUCGGGGCGCAGCUGGACGCAGGUGGAGGCGCUGAACAAGGAGCUCAGCGAGCAGAAGGUGCUGGUCCGCGCGCGCAUCCACACCACCCGCGGCAAGGGCAAGUCGGCCUUCCUGGUGCUGCGGCAGCGCACCGCAACCGUGCAGGCCAUCCUGUUCGCUGACGACACCACCGUGAGCAAGGGCAUGGUCAAGUACGCGACCCAGGUCCCCAAGGAGUCCAUUGUGGAUGUGGAGGGGGUGGUCAAGGUGCCGGAGAAGGCCAUCGAGGGCUGCUCGCAAAAGGAUGUUGAGCUGCAGGUGACGCUGAUCCGCGUGGUGAGCCGGGCCGCGGUGCUGCCCUUCGAGCUGGUGGACGCAUCGCGGUCGGAGGAGGAGGUCAAGGCCGCAGCCGAGCGCGGCGAGGUGCUGCCCACCGUGGGUCAGGACCUGCGGCUGGACAACCGCUUCCUGGACCUGCGCACCCCCGCCAACCAGGCCAUAUUCAGGGUGCAGAGCGCUGUGUGUCAGAUUUUCCGCGAGGCUCUUCUGUCGGAGGGCUUCCAGGAGAUCCACACGCCCAAGCUGAUCGCGGGCGCCUCCGAGGGCGGUGCCGCGGUGUUCAGGCUGGACUACAUGGGGAUGCCCGCUUGCCUGGCGCAGAGCCCGCAGCUGUACAAGCAGAUGGCCAUCUGUGCGGACCUGGAGAGGGUGUUCGAGAUCGGGCCGGUGUUCAGGGCCGAGUUCAGCUACACCCACCGCCACCUGUGCGAGUUCAUGGGGCUGGAUCUGGAGAUGGCCAUCCAGGAGCACUACUUUGAGGUGCUGGAUGUGAUUGAGAAGCUGUUCGGAGCCAUCUUUGACGGCCUGGCAACCAAGUAUGCCAAGGAGCUGUCCGUCAUCUCCUCGCAGUACCCCUUCGACAUCCCCGUCUUCAAGCCGCUGCGCCUCACCUACCCCGAUGGCAUCGCGCUGCUGCAGGCGGGCGGCUACCCCGAGGUGGACCCGCUGGGAGACCUGAACACGGAGCUGGAGCGGGCGCUGGGGCGCAUCGUGAAGGAGAAGUACGGCACCGACUUCUUCAUCCUGCACAGGUACCCCUCCGCGGUCCGCCCCUUCUACACCAUGCCCUGCUCCGACGACCCCACCUACUCCAACUCCUACGACGUGUUCAUCCGCGGCGAGGAGAUCAUCAGCGGCGCGCAGCGGGUGCACGACGCAGACCUGCUAGUGGAGCGCGCCACCGCCUGCGGCAUCCCGCUGCCCGACAUCCAGUCCUACAUCGACUCCUUCAAGCUGGGUGCGCCCCCGCACGGAGGCGCGGGUGUGGGGCUGGAGCGGGUGGUCAUGUUGUACUGCGGCCUCAACAACAUCCGCAAGACCUCCAUGUUCCCUCGGGACCCCAAGCGCCUCACGCCUUGAGCGGG